UGCAAUGUUUUGGCGUCUAAACUCCCGUAUUCGAUUAACUCACUAUAUGCCGUGAAAUUGUCGCAAGACGAGACGUUAUCGCAAAUAUACUAGGAGACAUUUAGGAAUAUAUCAGUGGUACUAAUGGUUCUGACAAUGGAGUGUAUACCUCUUUCACCUCCGCGCACACCUCCAGAUUGCUCAAACGGAGAUUUGAUGGGCCGCGGAGACCUGGAUGCAGUGGAGACCCUUCUCUCUAUCAGCAAGUAUUCUCCGAAGAGGCUACCAGAGGCACAGCCAGCAAUAGUAUUUCAAUUGCCCGCCAUGAGCAAGGCGUGGAUGGAUCGCGGCGUUGCCCCGGAGACGCCGCCGCCUUCGACGGCGGACAUGAGCCCGCCGUUCUGGAUGAGCGAGACAGCGGUGCUGCCUCCUUCGUCGCGCCUCACGCCGCCGCUCGAUGUGCCGGCGACGCCGCGCGCACCCGUCGUCCGCUCGCCCCGCGAGAAAUUCCAGGAGCGGUGGCUCGCGUCGAAGCUGGCCGAGAAGGAGCGGAUCGCUAGCGCGGAGGCAGAGGCAGAGUCGUCUACGUCGUCAUCUCUCGUCGUAUCUCCGGCGGAGCGGCGGACGACGCCAGCAUGCGACGGUGGCGCCACCGACGGCCGGCUAUCGCGCUCGCACCAGUGCAGCGUCAUACGCAGGAAUGUGUCGCAGGCGACGACGCCCGCAAACAAGAGAGCGUGCGACGUUGCCGUCGGGGAAGCGACCCCCGCGCCCGCCAAGAAGCCGAGGCAGGAAGCGGAGGAUGCGGAACUCGGGCGGGAGGCGGUGACCGUGAGCACGCAGACGAACGCCGCCGAAGAGAAGCAGUGGGAAGGCACGACGGACCCCCCUCCGCCCCCGCCGCCGGUCGCCGCGGCAACAAUGAUGCCGCUGCUCUCGCUCCCCGUGCUCGGCGGGCAGCCGGGCGGUGGCUGCGGUCAGUUCAUCAUCGCCCAGGUGCCCGCUCUCGGUGGGUCGAUACUCCACCCUCAGCUGCUGCAGUUCAUCGUGAAGUCGUCGGAGAACGGCGGCGCGCGACCUAUUGGAGUGGACAGGCUGCAGCCGACGAGGCCGCUGAGACCGCUGAUCCCCGCUACGCAGGCGCCGCAGUGCGCGCCCAACGCCGUGCCGGCGGCGACACCUGCCAGCAGGAACCGCAACUUUUCGUGUCCACAUGCAGGCUGUGAUAAAUCCUACUACAAAAGCUCGCACCUGAAGGCGCACUUCCGCCGACACACGGGCGAGAAGCCAUUUGCCUGCAACUGGCCUGAAUGCGGCCGGUGCUUCUCGCGGUCGGACGAGCUGUCGCGACACAGACGCACGCACACGGGCGAGAAGAAAUUCUCGUGCGGAGUCUGCGGCCGCAACUUCAUGCGCUCCGACCACCUCGCGAAGCACUGCAGGCGCCACCUGGGGAGCGCAAGAGUCGCCGCCACGGUCGGCCCGGCUGGCGGCAACAGUCGGCCGACGGUGCUGGUGAACAUCUGACCUGUCACGCUCCCUGGUGCAGAGGUUUAGCGGCUUCGACGCGCUGGUGUAUAUAUUUAUUAAGCGGAGCGAGACGCGAGGCAUGUACACUUGUAAAUAUCGGUCUCGUGUUGUUGUGUAUAUUGUGAAUAACGAACGUGCUUUCGCAGUAUGGAGUCUCUAGGUGUGUACGUACGCGGCUUGUGAAAGCGGAAUAUCUGUGUUUAAAUUAUUAUGAACGCAUGCUGUCGGAGGUGUCGAACGUUUUUGGUGUCGGUGGUAGUAGGGGCUUUUCGUUUUAUGUCCUCUUUGUCUAGUUCCUUUGUCGUGCUGGCGAGCGUGAAAUGUGCGCCGGUUUUGUGCGAUCUCUUAUAGAGUUUUGUUGUCCACCCUGCGACACUUAUGUGUCUGAAAGUGCGUGUUCGUGGCGCACGUAGUACCUCCACUGUGUACUCUAAUGGGAUUAGCCAAAAGCUCAGGAUAAAUGUGCCGUCUCUCUUCUCUCGUAACAUCGGUGCCUACAUCUCUCGUCCAUCCGUUUUCAUUAACAACAGAUGUGUUGAAGACCAGUUCUUUUUCUUAUCUUUUGUAUUCCUUCUCGUGAGUGAAAGUGUGUGACAUGAAAGCGAAAGGAGUGACAUGAAAGAGUAUGACAGGUUUUGCCUUAGCGAAAUGGUUCGUCGCAGUUUAUUCGCCUGUAGUGAAAAAUCUACUACUAUCUAGUUAGGUAUUUCUUACCGUUCUUCAUCGCUAAUCCACUGUACUAGUCAAUCCUUUUAUAACUCAGUAAACCCGAUUGUUUUGGAAAGACUAGAAAUUUUUGCACGUAAUCCAGUGGUGUUCUGUGGCUCGUGAAUUGCGCAUGCUCGUGCGUUUACUGCGCGUCCCCAUCGAUUGAUCUACUGUUGCAUACCCUCGGAAAUUCUGGGGUUGGUUGGUUACUGAAAUAUGUAGGAAAUAAUGUAUGGAGGGCAUGGAGCAGUGCAGUAUAAUAUAUAUUAGCGGCAAUUUAAGUUGUGCAUUCACAAGCAAAGUUCUGUCGUGAAAAAAG